GAAGAGCAAAAUAAAAACAAUUUCUGAGAAAAUGAAUCGCAAUUUACAUUCACCAACGAAACUAACCGAAUUCGCUCGAGAUUUCGACGCGGAACCGGAAACAUUUUUAACAAAAUUCGUUAAUAAACUUACCAACGCCUACAACAGCGGUUACAAUACGGUCAAUGUACCGCCACCGGGCAAUAUUGUGAAUGUCAGUGGAUCAUCCACAAACAGUCCAGUGCAUGUGUCGCGUUCGAAUUCCGAUUAUUUCGCAACAUCGGGACAGCAUACACCAGCAACUGAAUCUUUAAAUCCAACUUUAAAGCCAGAAUCGAAUGAACCAGUCAGUGGUGAGCAGAAAUCAUCAACUCCAACUCCAACAACGAGUGACAGCAUUUCCGUUGAUGAUUCUGGCGAAAAGCCCGAUGAAUUUCCUUCCGAUGUGCCUCUGGAACGCAAUCCUUCCAGUGUCAUACAUCGUAUCAGUAAUCUUAUGGCUCUCAGAAAUAAUAACUUGACGAGCUAUAAGGACACCGAGCUGCAAAAGUUUUGGAUGCCAGACUCAAAAUCAAAGGAAUGUUACGAGUGUUCGCAAAAGUUUUCAACAUUCCGACGAAAACAUCAUUGCCGCUUGUGCGGUCAAAUUUUCUGUUCAAAAUGCUGCAAUCAAGUCGUACCGGGGAAAAUCAUCAAUUGUUCUGGGGACCUAAAGGUGUGCACGUACUGUUCAAAAAUCGUACUGGACUACCUCAAAUCGUCGGAGAUAAAUUCCGAUUUGAAAUUAGAUCUGCAAGCGCUGCAAGAGGAUCUAUCGAGUAAAUUCUCGCAUCAGAGCACAAACGAUCCUCAAGACUCAAAUACGUCCCAACGGCAUCGUAAAAUUUCAAUCGGCUACCAAGAAGAGCGACUAGUUUCACAGUUAAAUUCAACGCUAUCGAAUGCCGAUCGGAAAAACAUUUUACAGCAAUCGAACUCCCUAAAGUCGCUGUAUGAAGAGAUGACAAAAGCUUUGUCCUACCAAAAUCGUGGAUCCGAUUUGGUGUCGUUUUUGAUUGCCAACCAAAAGUCGUCGAACAAUAUUCAGGCGGUGGCCAUUUUGAAUGCCAUGAUAGCUGCUGGAUUUCUGGUUCCACUAAGUCAGAUCGUCAGCACUGAAGAAGCUGCCGCUGCGUCAUUCGACGAGAAUGUCUUCUACAAAUUGUUGCGAAUCGAUGAGAGUAUGAGUCAUAGUGGAUCGUUUCAAUUGGAUUUGGAUUUGGAGGCAAGUUCUGUGCAUUUGAGUCGACCGAAUCCAGACAGUUUGGGAUGGUUGGAUGAUCCUUUGCCCACGAACACCCAAGACAGUUUUGGUUUCGCAACUACCAAAGACUUUGAGGACGAAAGUUCUGUACUUUCUACGGCUGGUUCGAAAUCGUUGAUGGAGGCUUUUUGUAACCACGAGGAGUUGCUACUGUCACAACUUCUCAAUAGCGAGAACCUCGAUCAGUCUUGGGCAAAAACACUUGUACCACUCUGCGCUCGUGUGGCAAACUCAAUUCGUCCUGAUCUAUGUGGAAUGACGGAUGCAAAAGAUUCCAGAAAUCUGAUGGACAUCCGGAACUUCGUGAAUUUCAAAAAAGUACCGGGUGGAUCGAGAAAUGAGUCCCGAAUCGUGGGUGGAGCGGUGUUUACGAAAAAUGUUGUACACAAAGAAAUGGCAACGACAAUCGAUCAUCCGAAGGUGCUACUGUUAAAGUGUGCGAUCGUUUACCAGCGAAAAGAGGACAAAUUCGUGACGAUUGAAAACACACUGCUUCAGGAGCGAGAAUCCCUUCGGAAUGUCACAGCGCGCAUUUUAAGCCUUAAACCGAACGUUGUACUGGUGCAUAAGGCCGUUGCAGGAAUCGCACAAGAUAUGCUACGGAAUGAAGGCAUUACACUGGUGUUGGAUGUGAAAAUUUCUGUGCUGGAGAGAGUGGCACGCUGUCUGAAAUGUGACAUUGUCGAUUCGAUCGAUUCAAAUGUCGGUCGUCCCAAACUCGGAUCGUGCGAUCGCUUCUUCAUACAAAAUUUCAACGACGACCGUGGAGUUCCGAAGACUCUGAUGUUCUUCGAAAUCGGGUCGAGCCAACGAGCUAGCUGUGUGCUGCUUCGCGGAGGUACGAACAGUGAAUUGGUGAAAGUGAAAAAAGUGGCGCUGUUUCUGCUGUUCACGCGAUUUAAUUGGAGAUUGGAGUUGUCAUUCCUGUUAGACGAAUUCGCCCGUCCACCGUCGCCGAAACUUAGCAUAUUCGAUUCCAAAGAGCACAGUCCAUCGAAAUUUAGUGAAAGUAGUGCGGACGAAAUCAGACAAUUUGGUCCACACAAUGACUCAGAGACCGCUGCUAAUGAUCUACCAGUUCAGCCAAAUAAAUCGUCGAAGGUCGCCCAGAAAGCCGAAGAGAAAAUUAUAACAAAAGAAAACGUUCAAGAUUUCUCGGAUCCACUACGGGCGACCGACCUUUCACCCAGUGUCUUCGAUCACGAAACGUCGGUGGAAUUUGCCGUUCAACUGCCCUACGACAACAAAUUCAAGACAGCGCUAACUUCGACUAUUUUAUCCGUCAGUCCAUUUGUUUCGUUUCCGCUUCCAUUUCUCGAAACGGAACCAGGCAGAAAGUGCACCCUACGCAGCUAUUUCCCUCAUGAACUGUUUUAUUCGAAACAAUGGUCCGAUUGUUCCGGGAAAAGUGCUCCCAUUGAACCGCUUGUACUGCAAGACGUCAAUACCAAGCUAAAUCCAGUGCAUCAAUUUCUCACACAUAAAAUAACUGCAUCGGCUGAUAGUAAGGAGAUUCAAGGUCUUUGGGCCAGCUAUAGAGCGCGUGGUGGACGGUAUCCAAAGACGUUGACAAUGGCACAGAAAGCGAAACGUCCAACAUCGCCGCAAAACAAUGCCCAAAGUGACGAUGAAUUUUCCAUGAAAGACGCAUUGGAUUUGAAAAAUCAUCAACGGUUGUGUGUCCUAUUUUCAAGUUUUUAUUUUAAUCCAAAGGCAACGUCGUCCUUUUGUGCACCGCCACUGCUAUUGAAAAUGAUAUUCUACGGCACGCACGACAUAAUGUUAGGCAAAUUCCUGGAACACUAUUGCUUCCGUAAGACGUACAUGUGUUCAUCGUGCAAUCUUCCAAUGCUGGAUCAUGUCAGACGGUAUGUUCAUUCGAUGGGUUGUGUUCAAGUGAAAUUAACCGAAGAUCUGACCACUCAAAAUUCGGGACAAAUAUUGAUGACGUCGUGGUGUUCCAUUUGCCAGGAAAUGACUCCAAGCGUUCCAAUGUCUAAAGACACAAGAUGUCUUUCCCUUGCCAAAUACCUUGAGCUUCGGUUCCAUGGUCACGCUUAUAAGAGAAGAAUUGUCGACAUAACGGAGAACAAACAAAAUACCAGUGACACGCUGUCCGAAGAUUCGGACAAACAGAAAACCAAAUGUACACAUUCCCUGCACAAACAUCACGUUCAGUAUUUUUCAUACAACGGCAUCGUAGCCACAUUCAUGUACACUCCAAUCGAAGUGUGGGAAAUCGUUUUACCAUCGCUCAUACUCACACUGAAAAAAGAGAAACCCAUCGAAAACACCGCAACGUUCGUUGAUGACAUCAAAACGUUUGCCUGCCAGGGCUACGAUGUCUACGCGAAAAUAUUCGAUAGACUCGCUCAAUUUUCCAGCGACAGCGAAUUUCCGAUGCUGAACAGCUUGAAGAAACAGCUGAAUCGUGAUCAGUCACUUUUUCGCGAAAAAGUGGGCAUCGUACAGACUCUACUGGCUGAACCUGGACCCAAUCCGAACGACGUGAAUGACGCGAUGUUGAUUGUUAAGCGAACUUUAGCCGAAACCAUCGAUCAAUGGAUGCCAAAGUUACAUGAGGCAGCCAUCCAAAGCAGAACGAAUUUUGCAGCCAAGGAAGCACCACCGACUGUGGAUUCCGGAAUGAUAUGUACCGAAGAUCUGCGACCGGAUUUGGAUACGUCGGCUCAAGAUGUUGAAGUGACUCCCGAUCAAACCGAGGAGCAGCGCAGAAAUUCGAAGCAAGACAUUUUCGAUGUUCGCGAAAAAUCAAGUUCGGGUGAUUCAUCGCCAAACAAGCAAGCUGUCGAAUCACCACCACCGAAAGAUGUAAACGAUAAAAAGAGCGUCAAAACGCUGCUACGUGAACUGCUGCCUUUGGAUAAAAACUUGUACACGCUUACAUCACCGCUAUCCAUUAACGAACAUUACACACUUCCCGUUGGACAGUUUCCGGUGAUGGUCCACGAUCUAGAUCAUAGUUCCAUCAUAGCAUAUGCGUUGGUCUCAAACGACUACAAGCGACUGUUGGACGGUCAGACGUGCGGAUAUUCCAGUGAUACGAACAGUAACAAUAGUCCGAACGUGCAUCGGAAAUCACAAGAUGGCUCUAUCGACAGCGAUGACAAGGAAUCAACGAAGGAAAAUGAUAAGAAGACAAAAUACGAUCAUAUCGAGGUGUCGUUUCACGACCCGUCCACUCAAUUCACUUGCAAAAUUUACUUUGCCAAGCACUUCGACACGAUGCGCGUGAAUUUCAUUCGAACCGGCAAACAGGAACGUUCUGCAUCGACCAGAGACAGCGAAAGUGUUGAUGAAAGGCGCCUAUUCCAACGCAUGAACACCAUGUCUGAUUCGGAUGUUAAAUCUUGUAAAGAAUUCGAACAUUUGGAACGGAAGUCAAGUAGUAAUAGUUUGGCUCCGAAUCAAUCGGCUGGUCGGUGUCACAGCGAAUCAAAGGAUCCAUUAAUUCAACAGCAGAUGGACGAAGUGAGGAGUUUGUUUGCUCGGUCAUUAUCGAAUAGUGUGCGCUGGGAAGCAAGAGGUGGCAAAAGUGGAUCUAAAUUUUGUAAGACAUUGGACGAUCGAUUCGUUCUGAAGGAGAUGUCGAAGACGGACGUUACAAUUUUUGAGAAUUUCGCCCCGAAUUAUUUUACUUAUGUCAAUCAAUGUCUUCAAAAGGGCCAGCCGACACUUUUGGCAAAGAUAUUCGGUGUGUUCAGAGUCACUAUCAAGAAGAAAGACUCCGUCCAGGAGAAAUCACUUUUGGUCAUGGAGAACCUGUUCUACGAAUGCGAAAUAGCCAACAAGUUCGAUCUGAAGGGUUCGGAUCGAAAUCGAUUAGUUGAUCCGACGAAUCAGAACGGAGAAAUUGUGCUGCUGGACGAAAAUCUGAUUCAGAUGUCCUGGUCGAAACCACUUUACAUUCUGUCACAUAGUAACACCAUUCUACGCGAAGCUAUCCUGAGAGACGCUUCAUUUCUGGAAAAGAGCGAUGUCAUGGAUUAUUCAUUGCUGGUCGGUCUGAAUUCCAAAGACAAUUUACUUGUUUUGGGCAUCAUUGAUUACAUACGCACCUAUACGCUGGACAAAAAAAUCGAAUCGUUGGUGAAGCAAACAGCAUUUUUAACCGGCCAAGCGAAACUACCAACUGUGAUCCCACCUAAACUUUACCGACAACGUUUCAGUGAAGCGAUGGAAAGAUAUUUCUUAUCCGUUCCCGAUCGAUGGGAGGGUUUAGCACGGAAGUAAUGAAGGUCUACUUAAUCUAUCUAUUUAACCAACAACUCGCAAUGUUAACAAACUAAUUUAAUUAAUCGAAAUUUGUAUCUUUGGAGCUAUAAUACCUUAGGACAAUAAAUUUAUUCAAAAAUGGAAUGGAA